UAAUAACAUCAUUUAAAUGGAUACGAGUUCAAAUGAAAUAUAAUGUGAAGUUAUUGGUCCUCUUGUCUGCCUUCUCCAGUCUCCAACAUGGAUGCUUUCCAACUCCUUUCUCCCUCCUUUUCUUGGCCAUGGAGGAAAGAAGACUUCGAACGCGGGCAUCAGUCAUGCCUUUCUUGUAAGCAUCUCCCACUUGCUCCUUAAGAGUUCCAACAGGAACCUUUCUCCUUCUCCAUCCAUAACUCCGAUCGCUAGCACGGUGAAGAGCAAGAUGCGCAUUCUCGUGACCAUGGCGAAGCUUGUCGACACAUUGAUCGGCCCAGCGGUGAUGCUGCUUUAUCCUCUGUACUCGUCGAUGCGGGCGAUCGAGAGCCCUUCGCCUGUCGAUGACCAGCAAUGGCUGACCUAUUGGGUGCUCUACUCGCUCAUCACCCUCUUCGAGCUCUCCUGCUGGAGAGUGUUGCAGUGGUUUCCUCUGUGGCCGUACCUGAAGCUGGUGUUCUGCGUCUGGUUGGUGCUUCCUUUCUUCAACGGCGCCGCUUACAUCUACGAGAACCACGUCCGGAGGUACGUCAGAAUCGGCACCGGCGUCGGCUCGACCUACUCGGGGCUGCAGAGGCGAGUGAUGCAGAUGGUGAGCCUCGACGCGAGGAGAUCGAUAGAACAAUUCCUAGACGGACAUGGCGCAGAAGCUCUCGAGAAAGUCGUCAGAGCAGCGGAGAAGGAAGCGAGGAGUCGGUCAAGGAAGUGAAGAAGACGGUGGCUGAAGAUGGCACUGAAAGAUUCAAGAGGAGUUCUCAUGUCUGGCCAUAAUGUUGUUCUUGGUGAAAGGAUCCAAGAUGAGAGACACUGUUUUGUGUCACUGGUGGAUUUAAUUGAAAUGAAAGAAAAACGAUGGGUAUUGAUUAUUAUACCAUCAUAUUACUUUCAAUUGUUAUGAUUUUGUUAGUCUAAAAGUCGAUUUCGAUUUAAA